GUUUAAAAAACUUUGCUGUUGUUGUUCUUCACAAGAAAUACAAUUAAAUUUGUGAAACUAUUAAAAUGGGCAUACCAGCUGGAAAUGCCGAAAAUGGCAAAAAAAUCUUUAUGCAAAAAUGUGCCCAGUGCCAUACGGCAGAGUCUGGGGGCAAACACAAGGUAGGACCAAAUCUUCAUGGCGUCUUGGGACGAAAAAGUGGUCAAUCUCCCGGUUAUACGUAUUCGGAAGCCAAUAAGAAUAAAGGUGUCAUGUGGACCGAUGAUGCCAUGUUUGAAUAUUUAGAAAAUCCUAAGAAAUAUAUACCCGGUACAAAAAUGGUAUUUGCUGGUCUAAAGAAAGCUGAUGAUCGAGCUGAUAUUAUUGCCUACUUAAAAAAUCCAAAAUAGUUUGAAUUUGUUUAUUUUUAUUAUGGACAGUAGUAUUUUUUUUAACACGUAAAAAAAUUUUUUGAAAAUUAUAAACAGAUUGGGUUUUUAAUUUUGAGUUUAUUAUA